AAAGUUUGGUAUGUCAAUUUGAUGUGUAAAGUUUGGUAUGUCAAUUUGAUGUGUAAAGUUUGGUAUGUCAAUUUGAUGUGUAAAGAUGGUAUGUCAAUAGUUUGGCAUGUCAAUUUGAGUGUAAAGUUUGUUUGGCAUGUCAAUUUGAUGUGUAAAGUUUGGUAUGUCAAUUUGAUGUGUAAAGUUUGGUAUGUCAAUUUGAGUGUAAAGUUU